AUUAGAGGCAGCAUGACUGCACCUGAAUCACAUUGUUGUUGACCGUGUCAUUCUGAGCUACAAGUGGAGGACAGUUAGAGUUUGAUCGUCUUUGUGGUAGUUAUUCAGUGAGAACUACCGACUGCGUGGCUUUCGGUAUGUGAAGUGUUUGAAACAUGAAGAGACCCCAGAGGCUGUUUCAGUAACGCUGAGCUAACCGCGGUGGAAACGUUAACGCCUGCUAGUGAUUAGACUGGUUGCACAGCUGACGCCAACGCUGGAUACUUCACAAGGCCUCAAGCCAUGCCUCGGACCAUAGUUGUACUGUGAAUCCGCCAAAACGUUACCUCGAGCCAGGGGAGCGUAGGAGAAGCAGCCGUUGCAGCGGGGUUGACCUCUUGUGUGAGAGGGCUGGGUUACAGACAUGCACCCACCAUCUCGACAGGACUAUGUCUCUAUAAGCUUUGCUGGACAAGGAAGUGAAGGUUACAAUAACAGUAAGCAGUGGAGGAGACAGUCCUGCUGGAGGAAAUGGAACCAGCUGUCCAGGCUGCAGCGGAGCCUCAUCAUCUUCGUCCUCAUCCUCCUCCUUAUUUGUGGAAUUGCUUCCUAUCCUGCUGUUACUGAACACCUCAAUGGCCUUAAAGAGAGAGAGCAAGACACAAACCAUAACAGCGUUUUGAGGCCUGUCAUUCCACAUGUGCUGCCUGAGCCUGCUAAACCGGCCCAACCACUACUGCCAAAACCAACCUCCCAGAGGAAAUUAUUCAAUAAGAGAGGGCCGCCAGUCCUUCAGAAUCGUCUUCAGAAGAAAGGGAAUGCUUCAGAUACAGCAGCUGAGGACAAGGCAGCUGAUGGCAAGAAAAAAGGAGAGGAGGAGGGAGUCAUCAGCUGGCGUGGGGCGGUGAUCGACACUGAGCGGGCCACAGAAGGCAUCAAGGAUGAGGAAAACAAUGACCAAAAAGCCAAAUCAUCUAAAGAGUCAGAAACCAGCAGGCUGGAGGCAGUGCAGGCAGCUUUCAGACAUGCAUGGAAGGGUUAUAAAAACUUUGCUUGGGGCCACGAUGAGCUCAGGCCCCUUUCCAAGUCCUACAGCGAGUGGUUUGGCCUGGGUUUGACGCUUAUCGAUGCCCUGGACACUAUGUGGAUCCUGGGACUUAAAGAAGAAUUUGAAGAGGCAAAGGCGUGGGUCGCCACAGAGCUCACAUUCAAUAAGAAUGUAGAUGUCAACCUGUUUGAAAGCACCAUCCGCAUCCUGGGAGGCCUGCUGAGUACCCACCAUCUGACUGGAGACACCAUGUUCUUAGACAAAGCUAAAGACAUCGGCUCCAGGCUGAUGUCAGCCUUCAACACCCCGUCCAAGAUCCCCUACUCCGAUGUGAACAUUGGGAAGGGCACAGCCCACCCUCCUCGUUGGACCUCAGACAGCACUGUGGCGGAGGUUACAAGCAUCCAGCUGGAAUUCAGAGAGCUUGCCCGCCUCACACAGGAACCACAUUACCAGGAUGCGGUGGCUGAGGUUAUGAAACAGGUCCAUAAGCUGGAUGGCAAGCUGGAUGGUCUUGUGCCCAUGUUUAUCAACACAAACAAUGGACAGUUCACCCAUCAAGGCAUCUACACACUGGGAGCCAGAGCAGACAGUUACUACGAAUACCUGCUGAAGCAAUGGAUCCAGGGAGGCAAGAAGGAGAACCAGCUCUUGGAGGACUAUCUGCAGGCAAUAGAGGGUGUAAAGAAGAACCUGUUGCAGAAGUCUUCACCAAAUGGUCUCACCUUUGUUGGAGAGCUCUCACAUGGACAGUUCAGCCCUAAAAUGGACCAUCUAGUGUGUUUCCUGCCAGGCACUCUGGCCCUUGGUGCUCACAACGGCCUGCCUGCUGAUCACAUGGAUCUGGCCAAACAGCUGAUGGAGACCUGCUACCAAAUGUACGUCCAGAUGGAGACUGGCCUCAGUCCAGAGAUCGUCCACUUCAACAUGCAUCAGGGCAGCACCCGAGACAUCGACGUAAAGCUUGCAGACAGACACAACCUCCUGAGACCAGAGACAGUGGAGAGUCUCUUCUACCUGUACAGGUUCACCAAGGACCGCAAGUACCAAGACUGGGGCUAUGAGAUUUUCCAAAACUUUAACAAGUACACCAAGGUUUCCUCCGGUGGCUACACCUCCAUCAAUAAUGUACGUGACCCAGACUACCCAAGCCCCCGAGACAAGAUGGAGAGCUUCUUCCUGGGAGAGACCCUGAAAUAUCUGUACCUGCUCUUCUCAGACGACCCCAACCUCAUCAGCCUAGACCAGUAUGUCUUCAACACUGAAGCUCAUCCUCUGCCUAUAUGGCCUUCCACUGCAUGACACACACAAGAAUGCAAAUGGCAGGUAAAACUGCAUGAACACACAGCAAACAUCUCAGGGUUGGUCUAAUACCAAGAUAAUUCCUUUGUCUGCGGUCUCAGUAACUGAAUGUUAAUCUGAACACAGAGGGAAAAAUCCUCCUUUUUUACUGAUUGAAUCAACUGUUUGCUGUGUGCUAAUAGCCAUGGGAAAAUGACAGCCUUGCUGAGUUUGUGGAUACGCCUUGUUUAUUUAUUGGACUGUUUUCAUGUUUUCACUGGUACAGUGUAUGCUGGAGAAGCAGAGGAAGGUUUCUGUCAUCCGCAUUAAAGAAAAACCUGAUUGUAACUUGAAUCAAAGAUGUCUUAAUCACAUUAUGUGAAUGAGGAGGAGUUGGGCUGAUACAGGUGUUUGAAAGCUGCUUGUAGCUUAUUUUGGUUACAGUUGUGCUCACUGUAUUUCUUAUCAUCUCCCUUUCAAGUCUCAUCCCUGCAUUGUAUUCCUAUUACAGUAAAACAGCAUUUAACCCAUUAUGAAACAAAGCCUGUGUCUGCCCUGGUGGCCUGACCCUGGGAGUGACAGCUGGCUGGUAGCCUUUUUGUAGCAAAAUGUUGACAGCAGCCACCAGCUGCCUGAACUGAACCCAACUCCUGCCUACUGCGCCUACAACCUGAGCACUCUGCACAGGGGUUUGACUCUUGCAGGGAUACAAGGAAAGCUUAUUCCUAACCACACUGUGUGUAAUAUAGUGGAAGUGCUCUAGCUAGAUCUAUUCUCAGAUGGCGCCUCUCCUCUGCUUGAAACCAGGAAAUAAAGCUUUUGCAAUUGUUUACCUUCCUGAUGGGGCAAGAGCCCUCAGUCUCUAUAUUUGCUGUCCCACGCAGCAUUCAUGUCAUACUGGAAAUGUGAAACAAGGCAGUAGGAGCACUACUGCUGCUGUCCACAGGGGCCGCUAACAUCAACACAAAAAGACUUUGAGUUGGCUUUCAGUAAAAGUAAUAGGCAUCAUCUGUAUAGCUAGACCGAUGAUGAUAGUGAAAACUCAUGGCUCCAUAUGAAGGAGGGUACCGUACUGAAUGGAUUUUUUGCAAACUGGUAACCAAAAGUUGUCCCAGUGGCCUAUGAUUGUCUUCGUAAAAUAUGCCCGAUACCACAAAUUUUACUCUUUAAGACAUACCUUUAAGUAGGGAUAGACCGAUUCAUCAAAUUUGAUAUUAAGCACUUUUUCAAGUAUCGGUAUCUUUUAGUUAUGUGAUUGCAGGUAAAUUAUUAAAGUUCUACUUUGGCUGAAGAACUUGUACUUUACUUGAGUAUUUCCAUUUUAUGCCAAAGUCGUACUUGCAUACUUCCAUGCCACCGCUGGUUAUUCUAAAUUAUGCCAUGGUAAUUUGAAUUUUUACUGCAAAUGUAGUAUUAGUUCCAAUUAGUUCAAAGUAUCCUUGAUUAUUAAUAAUCUGUAUUGGCUCUGAAAAAAACCUAUUAAUCAAUCCCUACUUUUAAGUGAUUUAUGUGGUUGGUGGAACUGGCUCUCCUUUCAACCCGUUUAUCCCCAUAUGACAUGAAUGCAGCAUUAGUGUGUACUUGGGACUCAGAUGACCUUGGUCUGCUUCCAGUUGUUGCCCAGCAGCAGAUUUACUAAUGAACUGUGAAGCUUUUGUUAAAUGAGAACAGUAAUGGGUUCUUUGCGUCUUUGAUGUUUUUGUUUUUGAGCAGCUGAUUGUUUCAGAAUGUUCUAUUUCUUUCACAUUUUCCUUGGUAAGGUGUAGAGUACAUUAGUUUUCAAGUGAGAAAUUAAUAGUGAGAUUUGAAAUAUACAUUUAGCAUAAUAUAUUGAUUUGUAGUGUAUAUUUAAAGGUCUAAUUGCAGCCAUCUUAAUGCAGUGAGCUCUCCUUGUGCAUUUGUUUAGUUUCUGUAGUAGCAGGAGCUUCAGAGCAGCCAUUCCUGUAAAUAUUACUAGUUUACAUCAUAGCUCCACUACCUUUUUGUUUUUAAGAACUUUAUCAAUUUGUAUUGAGACCAUUGAAACUUGUAUGGUUUUUUUUCUUCCUUGGUGUUUGUCUCACGUGUGCCUUCAACAUUCAAAACUGUUAACUGUCUGUUACUUUCCAUUCAAGCUAACUCUCCAUGUAUAUGUUGCUGAUUUGCUACAGCAUACGGUCAUUGUGAUCAUUUCAGUGUUUACACUGUUUUUACAGUAGGUAGUACAAUGAAAUAAGGGUUAAUAUUUCAUGCAGUCCCUCAAAGCAACUUUACAUAGUGUGUGUGCGUGCGUCUGUCUCUGUCCUGCCUUUAAGGGCUCUGUGGGAUCCCUCCCUGGAUGCAUUUCAGCAGAAUUCCUAAGCCAAAGAUGUACUGAACAUGUAAUCAACCCUGGUGUUCCAAUUUGUUUGGGGUUUUAACGAUGAAAAGCCAUUUCUCCAAAGCCACUCUUUCAGGAAAAACAAAAAAAAGGAUAUUGAGUGCUUUUGAUGAGUUUCACCAGUGUGGGUUUUAAAGACUGAUUUCCUUCUAUUUUAGCUGCAACCACUGAGCCGACUGCACACACACAGCUGUGACAAUAAGGAACCAGAGUUUUUUCAUUCUGUUGGCAUACAUUUAUUUGCAGUGACACCACCAGAAUUUUAAGUGUACUUGGUGUACUAUAAACCUUAUUUAGACUACAGUGCAAGACAAAUACAGCUGUAAUUAUCAUGUAUUUGAGGAGUUCAGAGCCUGGAGCUCUAUCUUGGAGCAGCUGUUGUAAUUGGGGAUGGGAGGCCCCAUUACUUAUUAUUAUGGGAUACUGAGUUAGUUUUUCCAGGGAUUUAAAAGUUUGCAACAUACUGCCAUUUUAUAUAAUUUUUUUGGGCAAAAUGAUCUUUGUUAAUAGUCAUACUACAAAUGGUUGAAACAUUUUGGAAUUUCAGAGUACAUCUAUUACAGAAACUGUUGCAAUUACAUAUGAACUCUGGUUGUAGACCCACAUUGUGUUAGAUUUGCUGUAAUUAGAAGAUAGCUGUAAAAGUUUGUAGGUUUCUAUCUGAACGAUCAUCUUGAAUUCAUUUCUACUCAAAACCAGCCAUGUUAGUGGGUGGUGGGCAUUUAUUCAAUUUGUUUGCUUUUUAAUUUAUGUCACACACUUUCUCAAACAUACAAAAUGUAUUGUUGAUGUCACCUGGUGUAUGAUAAACGCUGGAUCGGCUUUAAUUUUGUAAAUGUAGACAUUAAAGAGAUUUUAUUGAACAAA